CCCAUGUACGUCUAAGGAAAAGUUAUGAACGGAAGCGUGAAGUUUCUUACAGUGCGUGACCUGUAACCAUGGCUGUAUUCUACCACAAAUUUGCACAAAAUCACAAUAAAAAUUCUGUCAAUGCCCACGCUCAGUCCAUCAUACUAUAGGCUAACACAUUCUGGAUAGGACAGUAAAUAUUGGGAAUUAAUUGUCCAUUUAUGAUUGAUGAUUAUUCCAUUGCGCUCGAGUCAACCUUUCGUUCGGAUUGUCUAUUUUCAUAUUAUUCAUUUACCAGUAUGAGUAUAUUGAAAUAGCCCACAUUUUCAACUCAUGCCUUAUCGAUUCGCCGCCGUCAAACAUUAGCCAUAGCUAGUUCGCGCUUUUGCUCAAUUCAAUGUAGGUAUUUUCUGAAGAUUAUAAAUCUUCCAUCUGACAGAAUACGAUAUUUGAUUAAUCAGAAGUAUUGCGGAUAUCAGAUUAAAAAGACUGCAAACAUUACACUCCCUGCAUGCUCAUUCGAAGCGGGCAUUUUCUCGGAGCAUUUUGAGGCGGACGUUGGAACAAGCAAGAGUGUUGGUGACAAAUUCUUACUUGAAAUACGACAAAUUGGCCUUUGGGAAGAAGAAAAACUUUACUUCCUGAUUUGGAGUUCCUAAUUCGUACGGAAAUAAGGUAUCAAGCUUCAGAGGUUCUUCUUUUGGACCCGUAAACUUGACUUUGGAGUAAAAGGUAGGCCUAUAGCUAGCUAUGGAGUUGGACAUUCGAUAAUGGAAGACAUUUAUAUACAAGGAGCGCCCUUCGGAGCUGCCAUGUACUUUUUUACCCUUGAGAUUUGACGUUGGAAUACAACGAAUAUUCGGAGAUAAAUUCUGCUUUGGUGGGAUCCUCAUGGUUGUUUACGAAUUUUACGGCAAGAGGGAAAACUGCCGUGCAGAACGCAGUAUGAGCGAAUCGUUGAUUCACUCACCAAAUCUAAAAAGCAAUUUUCUUUUCGUGACGAGAAAUAUGGCUGUGUAAACUUGUUUAUUGACUAACAUGAGGAGUUCUUGAGUAGAACUGUUUGACCAAGUGAAAAUACGUCUAAUUACCUCAAUAACCUUUUCCGUGGUUUCGCACAAGAAGGCCAAGGAGAUAGAACAUAGGUAGACUGUUAACAGAGUCCUGAUCUUUAUAUACAGGAGGAUUUAGUCGUUUAGACAUGGCCGACAGUUCAAAACGUGUGAAAGGGGAUGACACUGAUCAUGAUGCCCGACAAAAUCAGUUGAUGGAGAUUGAGCCUGUUCUAGAUGACUCCAUUACGCAGCCAAUUAGUAUGAUCAACAUGUUUGGAGCUUUCGUUGCAGACAAGAAAUUGACAUCAAAACUUAUCAGGGAACUUUCACAGCAGUUACCUCUGGGAGAUUUCAGCCAUUUGAGGAGAGUGAAAAAGGCAGCAUCAGGAGACUUGAUGAUCCUGUUAUGUCCCGUCCAAGAUCAUACUCAUCUUGCUACCCUGGAUGAGUUGUUGGCAGACAAACCAAUCUCCAGGUCUGGUCUGGGAGCCUUAGAAAUAGUACAAGUUGCUUCAGUAGAACCAAAGACAAGAAAACAGUUUAAGGAAUGUAAUGUGCAUUGGCCAUUGUCAUUCCAUGAGGAUAAAAGACUUGAGCGGAUACUGAAUAGGGAUUUCUUCUCUCAAGAUGAGAUUCUCAAGAUUGAGAAUCAUGCUAAAAAGGCAUUAGAAGCAGCUAUGGCAGCAAAAGACAAAGGAGAGGAACCCGUUGGUGCAGUGAUCGUGGAUCCGUUAGCUGAUGAGGUCGUGGCUGUGUCCCAUUCUCUGUGCAGUCGGCAUCCCCUUCAUCACGCUGUGAUGGUUGCCAUAGACUUGGUUGGGAAGAGUCAGGGUGGCGGCACCUAUUCUUACAAAGAUUCCUAUCUAUACAGUAGAAGUGCUCCUCCUCUCAAACGUGAUGAUAAAAGUGGGCCGUAUUUGUGUACAGGUUACGAUCUCUAUGUGACCAGGGAACCCUGUGUAAUGUGUGCCAUGGCUCUCGUCCACUCGAGGAUGAACCGGGUCUUCUACGUUUCUCGACAAUGCAAUGGUGCUCUUGGAUCAAGAUACAAAUUACAUGUGAAUAAAGGACUCAAUCAUCAUUAUGAAGUGUUUAGAAUCAAAGGACUAGCGGAUGAUUCGAUCAGGAAAAGCUGAUGAAAUCAAUAGUUUUACAUGCACAGGACUCAAUAUGCUGUUUUCAAAUGACUUGAUAUGGAAUUUAUACAGCCUGCUUGAUUGUCCACUUUCUCACCAUACUACAGUAUGAAAUACGAGUA